UAGCCUCCCGCUGCUUGUUAUUUUCUGCAACAAGAUGGCUGUCGUUCCUGAGAGCAGAGUCCUCACUUUCAGCGUUUUUAAAUGGAGCUCUUACUCCUCUACAUAUUUACCUGAGAAUAUCUUGGUGGACAAACCUAAUGAUCAGUCUUCCAGGUGGUCUUCUGAGAGCAACUACCCUCCACAGUUUUUAAUCUUGAAAUUGGAAAGGCCGGCGAUUGUUCAGAGCAUCACCUUUGGGAAGUAUGAGAAGACUCAUGUCUGCAACCUGAAGAAGUUUAAAGUGUUUGGUGGGAUGAGUGAAGAGAACAUGACAGAGCUUUUGUCCAGUGGCCUUAAGAAUGACUACAACAAGGAAACGUUCACCUUAAAGCACAAGAUUGACGAACAGAUGUUUCCCUGCAGAUUUGUCAAAAUAGUGCCUCUGAUGUCCUGGGGUCCUAGUUUUAAUUUCAGCAUCUGGUACAUUGAGCUGCACGGUAUCGAAGAUCCUGACGUGGUGCAGCCCUGCCUUAACUGGUACAGCAAGAGACUGUGUACCUGUUCGGGGGCUGGGACGGCACACAGGACCUGGCUGACUUCUGGGCUUACAGUGUUCAGGAGAACCAGUGGGCCUGCAUCUCCAGAGACACAGAGAAAGAGAGCGGUCCGAGCGCUCGUUCGUGCCACAAGAUGUGCAUCGACUCCCAGCGGCGUCAGAUCUACACGCUGGGCCGGUACCUGGACUCCAGCGUCAGGAACAGCAAGUCUCUGAAGAGCGACUUCUACCGCUACGACAUCGACGCCAACACCUGGACGCUACUCAGCGAGGACACGUCAGCUGACGGGGGGCCAAAGUUGGUGUUUGACCACCAGAUGUGCAUGGACUCGGAGAAGCACAUGAUCUACACGUUUGGUGGCCGCAUCCUGACGUGUAACGGCAGCGUGGAGGACAGCAGGACGUCAGAGCCUCAGUUCAGUGGCCUGUACGCCUACCACUGCCAGGCCGGGACAUGGAGCCUCUUGCGGGAAGACUCGUGUAACGCCGGGCCAGAGGAUGUCCAGUCCCGCAUCGGACACUGCAUGCUCUUCCACACUAGAAACCGCUGUCUGUACGUGUUUGGAGGUCAGAGGUCAAAGACGUACCUCAAUGAUUUCUUCAGCUACGAUGUGGACGGAGAUCAUGUAGAGAUCAUAUCCGAUGGCACCAAGAAGGACUCAGGCAUGGUGCCAAUGACGGGCUUCACCCAGAGAGCCACCAUUGACCCCGAGCUCAACGAGAUCCACGUCCUGUCGGGCCUCAGCAAGGACAAGGACAAACGCGAGGAGAACGUCCGCAACUCCUUCUGGAUCUACGACAUCGCCCGCAACAACUGGUCAUGUGUGUAUAAGAACGACCAGGCGGUGAAAGAGAACCCAAGCAAGGCUCUGCAGGAGGAGGAGCCGUGUCCACGCUUUGCACACCAGCUGGUCUACGACGAGAUGCACAAGGUGCAUUACCUGUUUGGUGGGAACCCCGGGAAGUCUUGUUCUCCCAAGAUGCGCCUAGACGACUUCUGGUCCCUCAAACUGUGUCGGCCCUCCAAGGAGUACCUGCUCCGCCACUGCAGAUAUCUCAUCAGGAAGUACAGGUUUGAGGAGAAAGCCCAAUCGGAGCCGCUGAGUGCACUAAAGUACCUGCAGAACGACCUUUCGCUGACGGUGGACCACACAGACCCUGAUGAGACCAAAGAGUUCCAGCUCCUGCCCUCGGCCCUCUUUAAGUCCAGCUCUGACUUCAUCCCUCUGGGUUUCUCAGACGUGGACCAGACGUAUGCUCAGCGGACGCAGCUCUUCGACACGCUCGUCAACUUCUUCCCGGACAGCAUGACCCCGCCCAAGGGCAACCUGGUAGACCUCAUCACGCUCUAGCGCCUCCCACCUCUGACACCCCUUCUCUCCUCCCCCGUCACCUCACCCACCGGACUGACUGAACAUCUACCCAUCCAUGCUCCCGAUGGGGACGGAGGAGACAAGAGGCCAGUUAUUUUUCUAUUCCUGAACCCCGCUGAUGGGAUUACCCUUCACCUGGAAGCCUCCCUCUGUCACAGUUACCUGACGGUGAGGGUCGAACACGCACACUUAAACAACACUGUGGUAUUGGGAUACGAUACGAUUGGGAACUCCACGACCUGAGGAGUUUGUGUGUGUUUUUCCCAAGAUAUCCCUUUGGUUUUCUUGCUGAUGAAAAUUACUUGGAGCGCGCAAAACCCCUCUAAACUCUGCCAAACAUCACUUGUGUUUUUCAUCUUCACUUGAUUUUUUUCCCACCAGAAAUCUUAAGGCCAAAAAACAAGAUUUGCACGUAUUUGUUUGCAGUCUUUUAUUCAUAGAUUUUCUCUUUUUUUUUCUUGGAUUUGUGCUUUGUACCCACGCAAACGCCCACACGGUCGACCACAGGCGUCCAUCCACAUGUUUGCAGCAAAACAGAUGAGGAGAUGACGUCAGUUGUUGCGAAAGUUAAGUUGAAAUUUGCUGGUUGAUCAUUCAUUUUGAAGACAGGACGGUGUGACCAUGAUUCAGGAAACCACUUCACUCUCCACAGCUAUAAGCUCACAUGCAAAAUCUAAUGUGAAUGUUCAUUUUGAUGAUUUGGUUUGCUCGCUUUUCUGUAAUUCAUGCCCCUAUUUAUGAUCGUGACAACCUCGCAAAGGCAAAAAGAGUCAAAACAUGUAAUAGUGUUGUAUGAACAAUAGAGAGAUAAAGUUUAAUAUAUAUCUAAAUAUACCUUUUUAUAUUGGUUUUGAUUGUUGUCCCUGUAAAACUGGCUGGUAAAUUUGGAUUUACUACAGGAGACACAAGGUUUUUUGUCCUCAGUAAUUAAUGCAUUGUAACUUAAUUCUAAGUGGUUAAAUGCUGUACAGAAUAUGUAAAUAUACAUAGAUGACUUUCUUUGCGUUGAACAGAUUCUGUGCUGGAUCAUGUUCUCUCUUGUCCCUUUUCAUCAAAAAGUCACGGCCUACAUACAGUAAUUUUGUGGCUCUGCAUUUAAUACUCAUUACUACUUAUUGGGAAGAGUUGAAAACAAUCGUGUGUGCAUGUGCGAAUGAAGUGCCGGUGCCAGUAAUCCAGUUUGACAAUUAAGAGUGGGAAAAGGCAUUUGAGAUCUGUUUGUCAUAGUGUGUUAACACAAUGUUCCUCAGAGUGAUGAAUUAGUGGGUGAAAUAUUUCUUUUUUUCCUCUAAAAAAUGUGCCCCUGAAUAGAUUUGUGAAGUGGACAGCAGGGUUGAGCAGAACCAGUGUUGCCUCCGCGUCAUCCAUUACAACCAUGUAAUGUACAAACCUUUCAGGUAUUAGAACUCUUAUACCAUGGCCAGUUGCCAACCAAAUGCCAUACAUCAUCAAAUGCAUUUUUUUAACUAGUGUAAAAAAUUAGCGGCAUGGCUAAAAAGAAGUUCAUGUCACCCUCAGGAUGAUUGACCUUUCAUGUAGCAACAUUAUCAGGUCAGAAUACCUAAGUUUACGAUGUUCCCAUCGAUUUUUAUCUCGUUUUUUGUUUUAUUUUUGCAGGGAAAGUUAAGAGUAGGCGCACAAGAGUUAGCUAACAGCUAAUUUCCAUCUGUUGUUCCUGGGCAGGUAUGCAAAAACAACCACAGAACAGUAGCCUCAGCUGUACUUUGUAUUAAGUGCUGUUUUUAAAACCAAAUGUAGCAUGCUGUCACGCUAAACUAGGAGGGUUGAAAAAGAAAUACCUUUAUGAACAUUAACAUGCUAACAUUGUAAUUUUGUCUUUGUUAGCAUUCUGAGGUUAGCAUUUAGUUCAGCUGUAGACUUUACUGAACGCUACUGCUCAAAUCAGAUCCUUUUUUUGUUAAAUGUGGCCCAUAUAAGAUUCCAAUGUAAACAGGGCACGGUCCUGAAGUAACCUACAUGACUGAUGUUGAUCUAGAGUGACAUAAAGGUAACGUGAAUUCUGGUAUGACUGUUCACACUGGUUACAUUGCAGUAAGUCCAACCUGUAUCUGAUUUGGACCACAUGUAAGGCCCAAAUCAACACUGAUAUAUUUAUUUAGAACUGCAAACAAACACUCGUGUCAUUGGUGUCCUGUUAUUAAAAGUUGGUCCAUGUCAGCCAAUCACAAUCCAGAAUUUUCCGUGGCCAUGGUAUAAGUUAAUUUUACAGACACAAACCUGGUAGCUGUUAUUUAACUUAUCCAAUAGAAGUCUGCCAGACAUGAGCCGGUCUUAGACUUUCACACACAGCUGGCUGCCUGAAUGCUAGUGGGAAACGAUUGCUUUGCUCUUCUUUAUCUCCCUUAAGAAACACUAUUCAGAGAGUGACAGUGAGUUUCUGUAUUGAUCAUUCACUUACUAUUCUGAUAAUGCAACACCAUACUUGGUUUACUCACAUAGGAAGAGUGGGAAACUGCUAUACGAGGAAGGGACACGCACCACAAAGCUUCCCACAAACACUAACUUUGGAAUGUGUUUCACAGGAAUAAUUUCCUGUGAUGUGGUGUCAAAAAUUGGUCGCAACAUCGCGAAAAAGAAAGACCAGACUUGAGGGUAAAAAUACUUACUGCUCAAAUCUUCCAUAAGGAGGUGGAGAGUUAGACCACACGAGUAGCCCUGGAGGAUUUGCUGUCUUGCUCAAGGACACUUCUGAAGGGAGGUUGAGUCUGGCUGCGGUACCGCAUCCUUUCUCAUAAACCAGUAGCGCUGACCAGCUGCAUGCUUUUAAAGUUGAAAAGUUUACCUCUGCUGCCACCAAAUCAUUUCUUGGGGGAUUUUGAGGUUAGUUUUCAUUGGUGCUCACUGGUCACUCAAAGUCCCACCAUGUCAGUUUUCUUGUUCAUCGUCUUCCAUGACGCUCAGAUGCUAAAGGAUUGUUUUUCAGUGGAAAUAUGAUCACUAACAUCCCAUCGCAAAACAAAAACAGUGUUCAUUGGUGAAACAAUGAUGUCUCUCCCAGUCGACAUUUAGAACAACUGUGAUACAUAAGAACACUGUGUGACGUCCCUGGCACAUCUGCUACGACUGUUAACCACAACUUGUACAUAAUUGUCUAAUGUACAGGAUCAGUACUCUUUCUAACUAUGAGCUCGAAGAACAUUGAGGACAUCAUUAGGAUAGUUUGACUGGAGGGGCAGAAUUGGGUAGAAAGAUGGUUCGUUCGUUGCUAUUUAACACUAGUUUGCGUGGAGGGUCACAUCUGUGAAAUUCAGUGUGUUUACUGAGACAUGAACUAGUUAACUCAUGAGUUUCUUUAGUGGCAAUUUAUAGGCUACAAUUUAUAUUAAUGCACUUGUUUUGAAAAUUAAAGGGCCAUACUGAUGUUGGAAAAGUAAUGUACUGAAGCAUUAAAACGAGCCCCUGUAACAUAUUGCUUAACUACAACCACUGGAGAUAGCUAAAUGCUACAGCAUUUACAGUGAACUCAGUUACACAGCAAUAUCAGUCUAAAGUAAAGUUUGCUAGCAUUAGCCACCAUUAGCUA